AUGCAUUGUCUCUUAAUACUCAUCGCUACUACUGUAGUUCUUGGCCAACAACCUACUCUGACCACCACUGCAAACACGACACUUUUUAGCAACCCGAUCCCCACUCCAACCACAACCACCUCAAGUACCAUUUUUACUACCACGAGCACCAUCAAUAGCAUCGUACCACUUCCCCUACCAACCUUGGUUUCUGUCAACCUAUCCAUUCUCUCGUUUUCUGCCUCGCCCACCACAUCAGUGCUGACCCACUUUCCUACGCCAACCAGACAGGCGUCGUCGUCUUCGGCUCUGUCUAGCCUUGCCCGUCCUUCUCAGUCGGCACCUCUUCCUGAUGACACGGUUGGAAAGUAUGGGCGUCUCCAUGUAUCUGCUGCAUCUCGUACAACACAGUCCUCUGUGAUCUGUUUGAUUGCCGUUGCUCUUUUCUUGUGCUGCAACCUAAUAUAAUAUUCAGCAACCACAACCAACAACCAACAACCAACAAUAACAAUUUACGAAAAGAUCCCUUUUGUUCAACCGACUCUUCUAUCCCUCCCCCUCCCCCUUUAUCUUCCCUUUUUUUUAUUAUUAUUCUUCCCUUUCUUACUUUAGUAUAUCUUAUUUUAUUCAACCCCUCCCUUCCUCUUAUUUUUAUUUUAUUUUGUAGAGUUCAAUCUGGUGGUUCAUUUUCUCUUCUUCUUCGCUGUAAACUCAUUAUUAGGAAACUUGAUAUUUUCCUAUAUACUUUUUUUCAAAUUCUUACCUAUUAAUUCCC